UUAAAAAAUACUGUCUAUAGUUCUUAGUGGGCCACGAGUUACCGAUGAUUUGAAAUACUUUGAAAAACAUUGUUAAUGAAUGUUUUAUUUUCUGGAGUUACAAUACAAUUGGUCCGUGAGUUUUUCCCGCCAUGCAGACUGGUAUGCAGGUUUUCCUGCAUCUAGUGAUAUUUCACUAUACUGAACACAAAUGUUUGAUAUACAACAAAGAAAACCACACAUUGCCUGACCUUAUGUUCAAAUAUCGCUCGUUCUGGGUGGAGUACCCGCAUUACAGGUCACAAAAGCCAGAAUUGUCCAUUUUAUUUCGAUUAUCAAUAGACGACUGCCGACAAAGGCUGACGCAAGAAAACCUCUUCCGGUCUCGGGAAGAGAUCUUCAACGUGUGGAAGGUUGACAUUUAUCGCAACGUUGAUUUCAACUGUAGCGGGGCUUGGAUUCACCAAGAUUAUAUGCUGACCUUAGAGAAAUGUUUAUCGAAUUUGGUCGGCGUUACAGUGGGCUCUUAUGAAGCAAAUAGAGCAGCGGUACCAAAGAAGCUCCAAGGUACGCCCCUUUUAUCCCGCACGCCACAAACCAGAGACCCAAGAAAAAUUAAUGUGGCGCUUGGGAACAUUUCAUACACACACCCGAGGUUCCGGUGGCUGUGUCUUCCGUUGAACGAAACUCUCAAAGACUGCUACUUGCUCAGUUCUGGGAGAACUGAGGUCAACACUAAAUUCCUGAAAGUUGAAGCGGUGGACCAGAACUUUUGCACUUUCUGGGCCAGACUUAGAGGACAGUCUAUUGACGCGAGGAGUUUUUGUUUUCGAUGGAAUGGCGUUGACCGUCUCAUUGAUUUUAACAGCUUGACGGGGAGCCCCGUAAUUUGCAGCUUGGAAGGACCUAGAUGGCCCCAGGUAGUGGGGCUACUUGAAAGCCCAUUUGCUACAAAGAAUAGUGAACUUCUAUUUUUAGCCACUAGGGUAGCAACAUUCGCUGAAUGGCUUAUAGACAUAUUAUAUUCAACAAAUUACGUUUCAAUCUUGGACACCAACUAAACAAUAAUUGUGUUAUUAAGAACAUAUAAGCUGCAAAAUGUAUUAAAAACAUUAAUUGUGUUAUUAAGAACAUACCGGUAUAAGCUGUAAAAUGUAAUAAAACAAUAUUUGUGCUAAUAAGAACAUAUAAGCUGUAAAAUGUAAUAAAAACAAUAAUUGUGCUAAUAUGAACAUAUACGCUGCAAAAUGUAUUUAAAAAACAGACAUAAUAGUUAUCUGUGUGAAAAAGUAUAUGUAGAUUCUCGUGUGAUGUUUGAAUCAACCAGGACAAAACCAUGGCUCAGUAAGUGUUUAGUCUCCAAUUAACAUGCACGACUAAGUGAAUAACGGACACGCUUAUAACGUUCAAACAUUUUGUAAGGAAAGUCUAAAAUGGAUUCGCAAAGAAACGAUCAAAGAAUAAAGUCAGUUGAUCGGCAGAUCAUGGGCGUAGCCAGGAUUU